GAGGCAGUGAAUGAGCGUGUGUGUGUGUCUGUGUGUGUGUGAGGGAGGGAGGCAGGGAGGGAGCGCGGCCGCCGCCGCCGCCGCCGGAUCGGUUUCUCGGGGUUUGACCAGCUGUCCCAGGCUAACCCUCUGCUCUCUGAAGAUGGAGGAAGUAAAAACAGGAUUACCCUUAGCUACGGCUCCUCCGCCGCCUUAGUCCCCCCACAGCCAACUGCCGUGCACAAACACACCUCCACUGGGCAGAGGGAGCCGACACUAAUAAACACACAAACAAAAGGGGGAUGGAACUGACUCACUGCCUGCGCGGCUGAGUGUGUGCCUGCCUACCUGGACUAGGGGGAAGAUAAGCACUGCACUUUGACUAUGGAAGCAGAGGCUGCUGAUGGAUAUAUAACAUGUGACAAUGACUAUUCUCCUGAGAGGGAGCACUGUGGCAUGGCCAUUGACCUCACCUCCAGCACUCCCAAUGGCCAGCAUGCCUCCCCCUGUCACAUGGCAAGCACAAAUUCAGUAAAGCUAGAAAUGCAAAGUGAUGACGAAUAUGACAGGAAGCCCCUGAGUCAUGAAGAUGAGAUCAGAGCUCACGAUGAAGGAAGCAGCCUGGAAGAGCCCUUCAUCGACAAUAGCGAGAUGGUGGAUAACAGAAAGAUCCAGGAGCUAUCAAGCGAGGGAGGAAUCCGGCUUCCGAAUGGUAAACUGAAAUGUGACGUCUGUGGCAUGGUUUGCAUUGGGCCCAAUGUGCUAAUGGUACAUAAAAGGAGCCACACUGGUGAACGCCCCUUCCACUGUAACCAAUGUGGAGCUUCUUUUACCCAGAAGGGGAACCUGCUGAGGCACAUCAAGUUGCACUCUGGGGAGAAACCGUUCAAAUGUCCCUUCUGCAGCUACGCCUGCCGGCGGAGGGACGCCCUCACAGGACACCUCAGGACGCACUCUGUGGGGAAGCCUCACAAGUGCAACUACUGUGGCCGGAGCUACAAGCAGCGCAGUUCGCUGGAGGAGCACAAGGAACGCUGCCACAACUAUCUGCAGAAUGUCAGUAUGGAGGCUGCUGGGCAGGUCAUGAGUCACCAUGGUGGGUGCAAACCGUCUGCUGAGGGCACUUGGACUUGGAGCAUCUCUUUACCUCCUAUGGAAGAUUGUAAGGAACAAGAGCCUGUGAUGGACAACAAUAUUUCUGUGGUGCCUUUUGAGAGACCUGCUGUUAUAGAGAAGCUGACAAGCAACAUGGGAAAGCGUAAAAGCUCCACCCCACAGAAGUUUGUGGGUGAAAAGCUCAUGAGAUUUGGCUAUCCAGACAUCCCCUUUGAUAUGAACCUAACCUAUGAGAAGGAGGCUGAGCUGAUGCAGUCUCACAUGAUGGACCAAGCCAUCAACAAUGCAAUCACCUACCUUGGAGCUGAGGCACUUCACCCCCUGAUGCAGCACACACCAAGCACAAUUGCAGAGGUGGCGCCGGUCAUCAGCUCAGCUUACGCUCAGGUCUAUCAUCCGAACAGGAUAGAAAGGCCCAUCAGCAGGGAAACAGCCGACAGUCACGACAACAACAUGGAUGGCCCGAUCUCCCUCAUCAGACCAAAGAGUCGAACCCAGGAUAGAGAGGGCUCCCCCAGCAAUAGCUGCCUGGAUUCUACUGACUCAGAGAGCAGCCACGAUGACCGCCAGUCCUACCAAGGAAACUCUGCCUUAAAUCCCAAGAGAAAGCCAAGCCCGGCUUAUAUGAAGGAGGACACCAAGGCUUUGGAUGUCACAAAAGCUUCUAAGGGCUCUUUAAAGGAUAUCUACAAGGUGAUCAACGGAGAAGGGGAGCAGAUUAGGGCUUUCAAGUGCGAGCACUGUCGGGUCCUUUUCCUGGACCAUGUCAUGUACACCAUCCACAUGGGCUGCCACGGCUACCGGGACCCUCUAGAGUGCAACAUCUGUGGCUACCGGAGCCAGGACCGCUAUGAGUUCUCGUCGCACAUAGUCCGAGGGGAGCACACAUUCCGCUAGGCCUUCUCAUCCAAAGGGGACUCGUAUGAAGUAGAAGAACUGCACAUGAAGAAAUACUGCACUUACAAUCCCACUUUUCCUCGGACAUUGAAACGCCUAUUUUGUUGUUGUUGCUGUUGUUGUUGUUGCUGUUGUUUAAUUAUUAUUAUUAACCUUAUUUUUUGUGGACCCAACCUCAUUUGCUCUGCCCAGCUUAAGAAUAGAAAGAAGGAAGGGAAGGGAUAAAAGAGGGGUUUGUUGUUGCCGUCACUUUCUGGGGAGUGACCUGUGUCGCUUUCUGUGGGAAUUGGAAGGCAGUCCGUGUCUGUCUCAGUCGGUUGUACACCAUGUCCUAUUUUGAGGUAUCACUCAACCCUUCUAGGUGCUUUCAAGUCUCAACAAGAUGCCACUCAUUUACAAUUUCAGAGGAAUAGGUAGAAACAUUUCAGAGGAGAGUGUUUUUCUAACGUGUAGUUACUGUGCGGGGUCUUGGUGGCUGGAGAAGAGGGGGGGAACUUUAUUCUGCGGAAUGAACAAUUAUUUUUAAAGCAAAACUGUUAGGGAGUUAGGAGCAUGAAUCAAAGUUACUUUCAAGGGAGAGCUGUUUUCCUGGGUUCAGUGUGUAUUGCCCCUCUAGAAUGUAAAUAAAUUAUAAAAAAAAAAAAAAGGAAAUGUAUGUCUUAACACUGUACCACAUUACAGCAGUUUAGUUUCAUAAGUCUGAGGGCCUUCUGUGGUGAGUCUGAGGCUUUGUAUUUUUAUUUUCCUUAACUUAUGAAGCACCUUUUUUAGGAUUGUUUGUAUUCUGUUACUCCAUGCCUAUGUGUUGUCUCACUGGCUUCUAAGAAACCUAACUUUUAAGAGAGAGCAUUUAGGAAUAACAUUUAAACUUUAGGACAGUAAGUGGCCUAGGAGUGGAUGAGAGUCUGUAGUUUACUCAAGAGGUUCUGCUGCUCUUCUGAAGUAAUUUUGGUUUAAAAUUAUGGAUUUUAAAAUGACAAAAGUACUAGUAAAAACAUGUUCUUUAAAUAUAGGUAUAUAUAGAUAUAUAAUUAUGUAAAUACUUUCUCAUUCUAUUAUCACAGUGUUAACCUCUUGGAAACAGCCUAAACUAAGACUUGCAGCUGGGAAAGUGAUGGGAGCCAGAUCCUUGGCCAGCAUUAAUCCUCUUAGCUCCAUUGAAUUCAAUGGAACUGCCCCAACUCCUUCAGCUACAUCAGGAUCCGAGCCUUGACCGGUUUUUCUCCUUUUGACAUCUUAUUUGCUAAUUUGCUGAACCAGUGAUUUCCUUUUGUUUCUAAGUCAUCAGUUCUGCUUUAAUUUAGGGGUGCAAGUGUCAGCAGGUUUUGCUGGAUAGCCUUUGCUUCUGGAGAGCACAGAAGCCUUUCACAUCAACAGGAUGCAUAUGACCUUCCCUACUUCUUCAGAAAGUGAUAAGUGGAGGUGCAGGUGCCGUGCAUUGAUUUGGAUUUGCAGAUUUCAUCUUUAUUCCUAAUAUAUUAAUUUCACUGUGGGGAAAACAAAUGGAGAAACACACUCCAGAGCAAGUCCUUGACCUACAGACUGGAGAAGGAAAAGAAACUCCACCGAUCUGUUUUGUUUCCUUUCUUUCUCUCCCCGUAAAUAACAAAGCCAGCAACCACCCAGCAAGUUGCAUCAGUAAAAGCUGGGCUUAAACCUACAGGACAGAUUGCCAUUGAAACCCAACUGUUUGUACCAAUCACAAUUGAAAUGUUGUUGUUUGGCAACAAGAGCACAGCUUGAGAAUGGAAAGAUCUGCAUGGGUUUAACCCCCUCUGCGCACACGGUCUCCAUGCGCUUGGGGAGACCUUUUCCAAAGUAUAAAGUUACUAAAGUAUAAAAGAGAGAGCAAGAUCAGGCCAUAAUGAAUUUCCAUCUGCUCCCUUCAAUCUGUGCACUCCAUGCAUAUGCCAGUUUGCUGUUCGUUUUGAGGGUACCAGGUUUUUUUCUUCUUUUCUUCCUAGACCUGGAGCAUUUGAAAGUAGGAGCUGAGUGGUAUUGAUUGAAAUCUUUUUAUGGUGACAUUCUUGGCAGCUAGAACCUGUGUUUAGAAAGGAUACAGUAGAUCAUGGCCAGAUUACCUGAUGACUGCUUCCCAGCACUGCAAUGCUAUUAAGUAUUAGCUGGUAAAGUCUUGCAGUAGCCUAUUAAUUAUAAUAGAAUAUGGAGAGAAAUGUCAUCUUGUGUAAUGUGAGAGCUAUCAAGGCUGGGAAUAUACAGGCUUUGGAGAGACAGAUUUAAAGAUCUAUUCCCAACAUUGUUCUUAGUGUUGUUGGGUUCCUCCCCCUCCUUCUUUCUUCAUCCUAAUGUAGAGGAAACUCAGGCAAAUGAGCCACUGCUGUCCUCCAGAGCAUUCUCGUUGUCUUGUGCCUCGUGUAGUGAAAGGAGUUUGUGCAGGAGAAAAGCAGAGAAAUGCUGGAGGGCAUCGCUUUUAUUCUGUAUGGCUGAUUCUCUGCAGCUAGGAAGGUUGGCUUAGGAGGUGGCUGACCGUGUUUUGCAUCAGGAUUUGCCUGGAAAUUCCAAAAAGAAAGAAAAAUGUUGUUGUGAUUUGCUGAGGCAGGAAAGGUCUUUUAAGAACAAGGCAAAAAGAGGAAGGUGCUGGGCCCUCGAGGUUGCUGGGUUUGUCUGGGCCUCCAGAAAGACACGUACCCAAGCCAGAGAAAAGGGUUGCCAGCAAUUCCUUUCAUUCUCUGGGGGCAACACUCCAUUUUCCCCUCUGUGGUCAGUGAGAGAACAUGGGCUAUGGUUUCUUGGAAUAGUUAGCGCUAGGGAAAAAGUGUUAAAAAUUUCUGCCUUUGUUUGGUAAAGCACUGGAAUACAGGAAAGGCAGAGAAUCUCUUGUGUAUCCACAAAGAAGUUGGCUGUAAUUGUAUCUGCAGUUCGUCAGUGUGCACUUUGGUUCAUUGAUGACUCAUUGAUACCUCCUGUAGGGUAUAUUCUGUCGAUGUUUAAGGGAUCAGAGGGGGAGGCUCGCUGGUUCAGCUAAGCCCAGCUUCUUGUUCUAAGGGUAGCAAGUGAGACCUGUAUGUCCUGGUGUCAUGGGCAUAAUGAACUGGGGAGGCACUGGGGAGUUAUCUUCCAAAACCUACGUUUUUUGGAGAAUUUUGCGUUCAUUUUUAUUAUCAGUGUCCUUUUCUGAAUAUUCAUUAAAGAUUUUCAUCCUAGAGCUAGGGAAAGGAGAAAGAUUGAAUUCUAGUUCAAAUUUUGAACAGAAUUUUGGAUUAACAUGUACUUAAGAAUUUAAUUCCUGCUGAAAAUUAUUGGAGAGUUUUAUGUAACACAGUUUGUCCCUUCACAGAAGUGUGCAAAAUGGGGUCGCAGAGAUUUGUUUGGGUUUUUCUCUUGCUUGCUCACUGCAGAUUUCUAAGAAAAGCUCUUGACUCUUGACGAGUUCGUUAGUCAUUCACAGUGUACUCGGAAUUUCAGUAGCUAAUCUUUGGCCUGCACAUCCAUUUGUUCUGAGUAUUUGGUGUUGGAAAUCGAACCUGACUGGUUUUUAUCGGACUCUUCUGAAAUUCUUGGAAUCAAGUUUCCAGUUAAAAACACGCAUUUGCAAAUCUAGACUUGACAUCCUGUGAGCAUUCCUCAUUUUCAUUAAAAAUAAUUUUAAAAAAAGGUCAUUUCUUUGCACAUCCCUGCCAGUAAACCCUUUCGCUUCUCUUACAUCAAAAAUGGCAAGGUUCUGCCUCAGUUUAGAGGAUUACAAGCCCAUUAAUUGAAAUAGAAGUGUGACUGCUUGUUCUGUUGCUCGUGUGAUCCAUAUCCUUGGAGCAAAGGGCAUUAUCUAUAUAUCUGCAGUUAUGGCUGAUGAAUUUUACAGCCACCUCUCUUUGCAAUCGGUUAGGAGUGCACAUCAAAAUAUAUAGCAUUUUUCAGUAAAGCCAGCUCUUCACUCAGUAAUUUAUGAGAUUAAAACAAUUUUAAUCUCCUUAAAAAGUGCUUUCAUCCAUGCUGUGAUGUGAAGGUGUCUAGGCAUCAACCUGUAUCAGUCUGUAUUAGGGAGAAAGAAUCUAAAUUGGCUAAUUGGCCUGGUUUUUAAUGGGGGGAGUUUCUGCAAUGUGAGGACCCAGCUCACAAAAUAGACAUGUGGACCUAAAGUAUGUUUACUACAAGGUGAAGAAAUUCUCAAUUGUAAGAGUUUCCAAAUUUCUUUCUGUUUACAAGGGCAUUCCUAAAUUUGUGUUGUCAGGCAGGAGGUCAGUGAUUAAAUCAAACCCUUCAAAACUGGCCUUUAAUGGGACAUUGUUGCUGUUGUCCAGGACCUGAGCUAGCUUGCUCAGAUUUGAAAGAAGCCAGACAAUAGACACUCCUUCUUCCAGAAAGAAACUUUGGAGAUAAUUGAGGCACAGGUGCUUAUUUCAGCCAAGGACAGGAGCUACAAUAAUACAGUUCCUUUGCUGGAUAAAUUCCUUUCUUUAACUCUUGCUGUGAUUUUAAUUGAAUGAGGAGGGAGAAAGGAAGCUGCACUGAUACCAGAAUCACCUAAAGUCAGAGUGGGAUUUUAGGAAAAGAGUGAUGGAAUUGGCUUUGCCACUAGAAAUUUGCCACUAGAAGUCUUAGCUUGGCUUACAAGCUUUUAAAAACGAAAAUGGAUGGUAGGAAUGGCCUAUGGUCUGGGGCAGCUGGAGAGCUUGAGAAAGUAUAUUUAUAUAUAUAUAAAUAUAUAUAUAUGGUAUUGUAUAGUUAGAUAUAUGCUUUAUUGUAUAUGUGCCUUUUCCAAAUGCAUUUUGGGAGAUCAUGAUGUUGUUCAUGAUAUCCUCCCAUACCCUUUCAGAAUGCACGGCAAAAACCAACCCAAAGGAAACAUCCCUUCUCCUGCUCUGCACCCUCCUCGGCAGCUUAACCCGGAGAGAGGAGUUGGUACUUUGCUGUGAGAUUCCCUGGAGUCAGCUGGCUUUUAGGAGAGGGAAGGGCUGAAAACUACUCUAGCAAACUGCAUUCCAGCUAUCCAGCCAGAGCUGGUCUGGGAGCUGGUCCCAGCCAGCACAGCAUCCCCAGUGUGAUGCCAAGACCUGCCGUGGGAGCCCCUGGCUGCACUGUGCGCUAUGGAGCACCAGGGCAACGUCUCUUGCUUUCUUCCCCUCAGAGCUUUAAAUGAAGCACACUUGGAAAUGGACUUUUCUCUCCUUUAAAGUUCCCACUUAGGAACAGGAGCAGACUUAUAAGCACCUGCUACUUGCUUCAGCCCGGAAAAAGAAAUGCGGUGAGUCUGGUGGAAGUGGUUUGCAAGUUUGCCUGUCAGGCUGCUGCCACCCCAAUAAUUGAUGUAGAGAUGAGAGAAGCCCAUCAGUAGAAGUUGUUAAGGGGGUUCGUCAGCUGGAUUCAUUCAUUGCUGUGGUGACGAGUGCGGUGUGUCAGUACUUUCCUGGCAGGUUGGUGACCUAGUUUCAGGUCUAAUUAUUCGCCCUGCAUAGAUGCAGAGUCUGAGUGUGCUGGCACAGCCGAGGUGUGGAGCCUGCCGUGGGGAAGGUGGCUGGGCCAGCAUGCUUUUGGUGAGAGCCUGAGCCCGGUGCCAGCUCCUUGGCACUGCUCUGGGGGGUCUGGGCCCGCAGCAGUCACAGUGAAGGGGAGGGGAGGAAUUAGGUAGAAAAGAGGCAGGACUUGCUUCAUAGUAAAUAGAUUCCCUUGUAUCCCAUUGAUGUGUUCUGAGGUAUAAGCAAAGGAGAACAUCAUUGGUUUCUAAUUUGACCUCCUACAACCACGCCUAAAGGGGCAGUUUGUGUUCUUCUCUACCAAGGGUCUGAAUUGACCAGGGGAUAGUCAGAAGGAGGGGUGUGCUAAGGCUUUGCCAUGCUGCUUGCUUAAUAGGCCAGGAAAACAAUAAAAAUGGUCUCUGUUUAGUUCACCUAGCUUCCCAGUUGAUCAUGCAGGCAAACAUUUCCAGUUCCUGUUCACUUCCAGCCUUUGGAAAGGUGGUUAUCGUUAUGCUCACUUGGAUCCUCAGCUGUCUCUCUCCUUCCGUAAAAACUUUUCCUUUUCAUACAAAUCUUGGGACCUAAUUAAUUAGUGGACAGAAAUGACCAUUUUAACAAAGACCUACACAGCUGUAGUAAAAACCAAUAUUAUUUACAGUUGCAAAAAAAAAUAAAAAUACUGUGAUGUAUUUACUGGCACUAUGUGAAGUAUUUCAAGAGUGAAUGACAAUGAAGUUCAUCAGAUCGUGUCUUCAGAGGGGCUUGUAUCAUGUGGACACUGUGGGAGAAAGGGAGCAGCCUGACCCAAAGCUGGGCCUGAUGCUUCCUUCCUCCGGCAUUGUUGAUUUAGGCAACUGCACUGCAGCCCAGGAAAACAUUUGAGCACGAUCAGCCUCCUGCCAUCCCCUCAGUGAGAUCUGGAAGUGCACAGGAGCCUUGCAGUUAACUGUGUUUAACCAUUACCGUGGUUUAUGAGAUCAGGGCAGUGGGUGCAGCACAGCAGCUCUGGGCAGGUCUCUGUUGUCAGCAUUGAAGGUGCAUUCCCCAUUCCCUUACUUUUGUGUAGCAGCCUUAAUCCCUGGCACUCGGCGGUACGUGGGUACCGGCAGUCUCUGGUCUGUACUACCAGUUGUGGAGAAAAUAUGGAUGCCUCCUGCAAAGCAUGGUGGGGAGCACGAAUCUGUUAUGGGCACAACGGAGCCAGUUUGCAGUAAAUCGGGCCAUUUAAUUUUACCUCAAGUGACAUCGAACACGAAAAGCUUCUUGCAGGGGUAGAGGUCACUGAAUCCCUACUAUGCACUUACUGGGAUUUGACGUUGCUUACUGGAAAUGGAUGUUCGUUCCUGAACACACUGUAACAAGGGAAGGACUUCUUUGGUUAUUUUUGUAGUCGUUUGGAUUCUGAAACUGUGAUCAAUUAUUUGACGAAUUGUCAAGUGUCCUCAGAGCUUGAACACAUUCACUUCCUCCGCCAUGUAGCAGUCUCCUCUGGCUUUCCAUGCUUUUCUCUUUCCCCCUUUUCCUUCUUGGAGCUUUAAGUCUGGGCCUGCUCUUAUCUCCUGUAGCUUUGGGCUGUCUAGGGGCUUGGGGGGGUUGUUUUUUGGGGGGGUUUUUUGUUCAUUGGCUGUACAGUCUGUUUACAUAUUUUUGUACUCAAGUGUAGUUUUUUAUUAAAAACAGGAAAAAGAAAAAAAAAACUAGUUGAUUUGAGAAAAAAAAUAAGGUACAUACUCUUUGUAACACUUUAAAGACCUAGGGUACCUUCAAGAUGACUCCACAGUGAUGUAAUUAUAAUACUGUAUAUUUGCCUUCCUUUUUAGUUGGUUUUAUUUUCUGUUUGUUUUUUUUUUCCUAAAAUGUGUAUCUUUUUAUGAGAAACUGGAAACUUUUAAUGCAAAUGUUUAGAAAAAUUUAAAAUUGUAAAGUAAAAAAAAAAAAAGGUCAUAAUUUUUUUUUCCUGUUGGAAGAAAAUGCUUUAAAAAAAAGUUUUACUACUGUUGUAUUCCAGGGUGGGGGUUACCAACCCCAAAUUUGCUUCUUAUGCUUCAUUCUUGGAUCCUGCUUUCUAAACGUGCUCAUUGCAGACAUGGAUGAUUUGCUUAUAUUAGUUUUAAAAACAAAAAUCACCAAGAAAACCACCUUUUUGGGCAAAUUUUCUGUUCAAGUGCAAUAAUUUCCCUGACGUCUUAUUAGUGUACAGUGGUUUCUGUGUUCCUUCCUCAGUCCACACAAACCAGUGAAACAAAAUGCUCUGUCUUAAAUGCAUUCAAAGAUAUGGUUUGAGUGAAUUGAUAUCGUGACUGACUAAACAUGAGGAACUGUAAAUUUAGGCUAAAGCCCAUAACUUACCUCCUGCUUUUAUUUGGCUUUGAAACACAUCCACAUCCAGAAUUAAGGACAUACUUGUUCUUGCCUCUUCUUUCCUCUUCUUUUCUAAUUGCAGCUUUCUUUUUAAGAAAAGCACUUAAUAUUGAUGUUUAUUAAAAACAAGAAAAAAUAAAAAGAUCUUUUGGUCUGAUCCAAAACCCAGUCAGUGGAGACUUCUGUUGACUUCAGUGAUGGAUUUUGGAUUAGGCCUAAUCUCUUAGCUAGGGCAAAACUGCCAUUUACUGUAAUGGGAGAGAUUUGCCUGUGUAAGAAUUACAGGACUCGUUCCUUUAUCUACCUGAGAGACCAGAAAAGCUUCUUUAGAGUUGUCCUUGUCUUAUAUAAGUUUAGAUGGGACUCGUUUUACAUAUCAUACAUAUUUAUAUAUAGUGUAUUUUUAAUGCCUUCCCCCCCCCAGUAGACCGAAGCCGCCGUUCUGUAAAUAUGUAUUUAGGUACGUAAUAAAAAAAAUAAUAAAAUCCCCUUGAGAUUUCUUUGAAAGGCAGUUACUGCGCAUGCACAGUAGCCACUUUUGUCUUUUAAAUUUGUAUUUAAGAGAUUUCUUUUUAGUAAUAACAAAGGUGAAGAGACUGUAUCCCCUUCUGAUUGAUUGCCAAAAUUAUCUCCCAGACCCUUGUGUUUGAGGUCAAGAAGAAACACGCAUUGGGUGGGUGACUGCUGUGGUGCCCACGGGGUCACGGUCCUUGGGCCAAAUUCUGGAACCCCCCCGGGGGUGGUUUGGGUCCUCCUGCAAACGGGGACCACACUGGGGCAGUGGGAUCAGAGCAAGACAGCACCGUUUAGGGAACAUGGGUUCAGGCUGCGGGUCUGAUCCAUUUGCAUCUUCCCUGGCUUAUACACUGCCCAUUUUAGUGCUGUUUUCCUAAAGAAAGCCAGGUGAGUAAUCUGGCAAAUAACCCCUUCUCUCCCAGGUUAGGAUUUUUUCGUUCUGUGAUAGAUGUUCUGAGCUCAGAUCGAGGAAUCUUUUAAAUUAAAAAAAAAUAACAACUAAAAAUAUGAAAUCAGAGUUCUUUCCAAAAGGCAGUGAAGACGCUGGGAAUCGUCCCAUUUCUUUAUGUGCUCAUUGGAACAUGCUCUUAUAAAAGGAGUUCAGAAACGAUCCCUAUGACAGUGGUGCAUGUGAGCAACCCUAAUGUAAACCUGUAUCUCUCUGCUAAAAAUGUUUUGCCGUUAUAGACUGAACUAUGGGACUUGUUGUUAUUUUUAUUUUCUUCUUAGUAUACAUGCAUACAUAUGGUUGCACAUCUGUAUGUGUGUACUCUGUACCUGUGUGAGUGUUGUACAGCCAUGUGAGAGUGGGAGUCUGUAUGUGUGUAUAAAUAAAGAAGCUGCAGAAACUUUGUAAUACUUUGUGAAAAGGAUUAUAUUAUAAAGGUUUGUACUGUCUUGAGUGCACAGCUACUGGAAUAAAUGUAGGGAAUCUCAGGAACAAGCAUAUAAUUUGUCCAAGAAUUAUUUCUUCUCAGAAGUGUAAGUGCAGUUUUUAAUUCUGUAUAUUAUUUAAUAUUUUACCAAUAAAAAUAAACUUCUGACACGAAAGGGUUUUUCCAUUCAAGCUUUCUGGAGACAUUGGGAUAUGCAUACACUUUUCUUUCUUGCAGCAGGAAACACAUGUGGUGAUUGAGCACCUCCCAGGAAUCACAUUUCUACCUGAUAACAAAUCGUGUUAAUUAACUAGAGAGAGUGAGUUGGGGUUUUCUGAGUAUGGGUUAUGAGACUGGUGAAUUGGGCACAGAUCUGCUUUUAAUAUUCAUUGAAGCUAAAGACAUUCUUUUCAUCAGCUCCAGCAUCAGCUAGAGACGUAUGACUAUGUAAAAUGGUGGCAUCAGUCACCUGCCACUCACUUUGUCAUGGCUUUGAACUCAGUUACUAGCCCAAGGUCCAACUUUUUCUGGAAAACACUUGGACUGCAUACACAAUUCCUUUGAACCCUUUCCUCAGCAUGGGUUUUUGGCUGAGUUCCCUCUGUUGUAGCCGGAGGUGAUCUUCCCAGUCAGGAUUUAUUGGGCAUUUCACAUCGCCUAAGUUGUUCUUUCUUUCAUAAUGCAGCUAUCAAUCUGGUAGCAUUCACAGUACAAACUCUUCAGAAUAAAAAGAUCUUAUGAAGCUUCGUAAA